CGAGCUCUCCGCGCCUCUCCCCCGCCUCCUCCUCCUGCCGCUGCCCGUUCCGUGCUUGCAGCAGCAGGAGCUGCCAAGCGCCAGGGCCGCGGCGAUGUCGUCGUCGUCGCCGCCGGCGGGGGCUGCCAACGCCGCCGCCAUCUCGGCCUCGGAGAAAGUGGACGGCUUCACCCGGAAAUCGGUGCGCAAGGCGCAGAGGCAGAAGCGCUCCCAGGGCUCGUCGCAGUUCCGCAGCCAGGGCAGCCAAGCGGAGCUGCACCCUUUGCCCCAGCUCAAAGAUGCCACUUCCAAUGAACAACAAGAGCUAUUCUGUCAGAAGUUGCAGCAGUGUUGUAUACUGUUUGAUUUCAUGGACUCUGUUUCAGACUUGAAGAGCAAAGAAAUUAAAAGGGCAACACUGAAUGAACUGGUUGAGUAUGUUUCAACUAAUCGUGGUGUAAUUGUUGAAUCAGCGUAUUCUGAUAUAGUAAAAAUGAUCAGUGCUAACAUCUUCCGUACUCUUCCUCCAAGUGAUAAUCCAGAUUUUGAUCCAGAAGAGGAUGAACCCACACUUGAGGCCUCCUGGCCUCACAUACAAUUGGUGUAUGAAUUCUUCUUAAGAUUUUUGGAGAGCCCUGAUUUCCAGCCUAGCAUUGCAAAACGAUACAUUGAUCAGAAAUUUGUACAGCAGCUCCUCGAGCUUUUUGAUAGUGAAGAUCCCAGAGAACGUGACUUCCUGAAGACCGUUCUGCACCGAAUUUAUGGGAAAUUUCUUGGAUUAAGAGCAUUCAUCAGAAAACAAAUAAACAACAUUUUCCUCAGGUUUAUAUAUGAAACAGAACAUUUCAAUGGUGUUGCUGAACUCCUUGAAAUAUUAGGAAGUAUUAUCAAUGGCUUUGCACUGCCGCUGAAAGCAGAACAUAAGCAAUUUCUAAUGAAGGUUCUUAUUCCUAUGCAUACUGCGAAAGGAUUAGCUUUGUUUCAUGCUCAGCUAGCCUACUGUGUCGUACAGUUCCUGGAGAAAGAUACCACACUAACAGAACCAGUGAUCAGAGGACUGCUGAAAUUUUGGCCAAAAACAUGCAGUCAGAAAGAGGUGAUGUUUUUAGGAGAAAUUGAAGAAAUCUUAGAUGUCAUUGAACCCACACAGUUCAAAAAAAUUGAAGAGCCCCUUUUUAAGCAAAUAUCCAAGUGUGUAUCCAGUUCUCAUUUUCAGGUUGCAGAAAGGGCACUGUACUUCUGGAAUAAUGAAUAUAUUCUUAGUUUGAUUGAGGAGAAUAUUGAUAAAAUUCUCCCAAUUAUGUUUGGCAGUUUGUACAAAAUCUCCAAAGAACACUGGAAUCCGACCAUUGUAGCACUGGUAUACAAUGUGCUGAAAACCCUAAUGGAAAUGAAUGGCAAGCUUUUUGAUGACCUUACUAGCUCCUACAAAGCUGAAAGACAAAGAGAGAAAAAGAAGGAAUUGGAACGUGAAGAGUUAUGGAAAAAAUUAGAGGAGCUAAAGCUAAAGAAAGCUUUGGAAAAGCAGAACAGUGCUUACAACAUGCACAGUAUUCUCAGCAAUACAAGUGAUGAAUAAAAAAAGCCACCACCUCUGUUGGAUAGGCAGUUUUGUACACUUUUUUGAAAUAUGUAAAAAUUAUGAGACAAACCUCUCAGUAUAAUUAAAAGGCCAACUUUUUUUCUGGCAACUGUAAAUGAAAAAUAUGGACUAAACAUAGCCCUGUGCUAUAUCAUGGCCACCGUAUAUUGUAACCUUUGUCUAAUCAUGAAUUUGUGUCACUUCUACAGUUUCACAGAAAUGAACUUUAUCAUCUAUAUGAGUGAGCUAAUUAUGGGAGUGGUAAGAAUUAUGACUUGAAUUCUUUUUUUGAUUGUGUUGCACAUAGAUAAAAUAGUCUGCUCUGUAUACUUUUCCCUUUUAUAAUGUGCUUUUCACAUUGCUGCAGACCUUAGUUACAUCCCAGGAAAAAGAAACAUGAUGGGGGGAGUUACCUGCCCUAAGCCUUCCUUCAUUAGAGAUACUACUGCACUCUGGAAUUUGAGCAGAAACUUAAAUCUCCAGGUUUAAAGCACAAAAUAGAAAUAAAAGCUGGGAAAGUAAACCAAAUUCUUCAGAUUGUUCCUCAUGAAUAUCCCUCUUCAUCAGCAACUCCCCAGGUAACGAGCCCAGAUUUGUGGAGGCAGCGCAGGUAAACACCGAGCCUGCCUCUCCGUUCAUUCCUCCUCUUCCUCCCAAAGGCUGAAGGCAGGGCCUUUCCAGUCCUCAGAACCUGCCCUUUUUCUAGUCCCUCCUGACCCAGGGAAGGAGGCUUUGAGUCCCACAGUGUGGUGACACAAAGCACUCACUGCCACUGCCUGGCUUUAUUUAAAGGAAAUACAGUAGGCUGCCCCAGUAGAGUUCUGAGAAAGCGGACUAUAGAGAGGUCUUAUAUGUUUUAAGUAUUUCUCGCCUCUUUUGUUCUGAGUACCAUUCCAAUCUCUUGCAGUUGUGUGGAAAACUGUUUUGUAAUGAAAGAUCUUCAUUGGGGGAUUGAGCAGCAUUUAAUAAAGUCUAUGUUUAUAUUUUGC